CAACGGUCAUGAUCGCUAUCGGGUGGGCCAGGCCGCAGAUGUGGAUAAGACUGAGGGUUUUCAGUACAUGGCAAAACCGCGCGAGAAAUUCUUAAAUACGGGAAGAUAUUUUUCGCAUUUCUGCAAUUACAACGGCUUCAUCUUUCAAUUCUCGUUCUGGAGAGAGUGGAAAACGCAGAUAAAAGCAGAAAUUUCCAGCCACUCAUAUUCCAAUCAGGACUGUUCAUCUUCCAAUCAGGACCGUCCAUUGAGGGUCCUUUGUUUUCCAGGGGCUGAUAUCCCAAUCAAAGGCCUCGAUCUUUCAAUCAGGACCGUCCAUCUAGUGUUUUUUGAACUCUCUCCCUCCCUCUUCUCUCUCUCUCUCUUGAAUGGCGAUUCUCUCGCUAUAUCUCAAUUCAAAUCGUCUCUUCCUCUUUCCUUCUUCUCAUUCACAUUUCAAUGCCGACGCUUUCUACAAAACCAUCAGAGGUAGCGGCAGGGAUUUCGUUGUUUUUUCGACGCAUUCAAACCCUAAAAUUCUCAAACCGAAUCGAAGAUCCCGGUACGGGCAGCAGCUCUCUGUGUACGACGAAGACGAAGAACAGGACGAGGAUGAUGAAGAUGAGGAAGAGGAUGAAUCUCUGUCUUCGGAUGAUGAAUCUACAGAAAUGAAAGAAUUAAAUGGUGAUCUGCGUCCUAACCAAAAGCCAUUAAACUUUCUGUCAGAGAAAGAAACUCCUAUAAAACAAGGUACUUGGAGACUACCAAACAAGGGACUGCGCAAGGGAAAACCAUCAAAAACUGUGCGAGGUCUUAGCACACACAGUUCUCUGGGUUUAAAACAUGGGAAGAACUCUAGAAAUUCUCAAGAUGUUUAUCUUGCUACGAACAGAUCAGGGAAAAUGCACUCCGACGAUAUGGAUGUCAGAGGAAAGGUGAAGAAUGGAGGCUCUAUGGAGAGCAGGUUCCGCCAACUAUCAGAAGAUUUAGAUUUUGAUGAGAAAUGGUUUCCUCUUAUUGAUUACUUGAGCACUUUUGGACUGAAGGAAUCUCAUUUCAUCCAAAUCUAUGAGAGGCACAUGCCUUGCCUUCAGAUAAACGUGGCAUCUGCCCAGGAGAGAUUGGAGUUCUUGCUGAGUGUUGGCGUCAAACAUAGAGACAUCAGAAAGAUACUUCUGAGGCAGCCACAAAUUCUAGAGUACACCGUGGAAAACAAUCUGAAGUCUCACGUUGCAUUUCUAACGAGUUUAGGCAUCCCAGAUUCCCGAAUAGGGCAGAUAAUUACUGCUACUCCAUCACUAUUUUCUUAUAGUGUGGAACAUUCUUUGAAGCCCACAAUCAGUUAUUUGGUUGAAGAAGUCGGUAUUAAAAGAAGCGAUGUGAGCAAAGUUGUGCAGUUGAGCCCUCAGAUUCUGGUUCAGCGGAUUGACAAUUCAUGGACCACUCGCUUCUGCUUUCUUUCAGAGGAAUUGGGGGCACCUAGAGAUAACAUAGUGAAGAUGGUCGCGAAACAUCCCCAGCUUCUACAUUACAGCAUUGAGGAUGGAAUACUCCCAAGGAUCAAUUUCCUAAGGAGCAUAGGGAUGUGCAAUUCCGAUAUCUUGAAAGUAUUGACGAGCCUCACUCAGGUAUUGUCGCUGUCGUUGGAGGAGAAUCUAAAGCCCAAGUAUCUAUACUUGAUCAAUGAACUCCACAACGAGGUGCAUUCCUUGACAAAAUACCCCAUGUAUUUGAGCUUGUCUCUAGACCAGAGAAUCCGGCCUCGUCACAGAUUCUUGGUUUCCUUAAAGAAAGCUCCGAAAGGUCCAUUCCCUCUGAGCUCCCUCGUUCCAACCGAUGAAUCCUUCUGCCAGCAGUGGGCGGGAACCAGUGUAGAGAAGUAUCAGGCAUUUAGACAAACUCUUCUGCUCUCUGAUUUUGCAACGAAGUAUGGGAGAAAAAGAUAGCCAGUUUUGUAGUGUUGGAAGCCAAGAUCCCGCCUCUUUUUCAGUUUUGUGUUGGUUGGCAUGGCUUGUUCGGUGAUCUUGAAGAUAACAGUAUAUUUCUCAAUGGGUAUUGGCAUGGUUUUCUUUGGUUGUGUCAGGGAAGAACCCAACAAAACAGAGUUGCAGUUCCAGUGGUACUGGUACCUGUCGGGUCCACAUGAUGUAUUCUCACCAUCCAACCGGUCUUUCAGAUGCGUCAUCUCUGAAAACCCCCACCACCCAAAACUCUGCCUGAUCCGAAAAAUAAUGUUGGCCGCAGCAAAGGGAACGAGCUGUGAAGGAAUGCCCCACCCUUGAAUUACACAGGGUGGGUCCCCACCUGAGUAGUAAACAAGUUUGAAUCUUGGCAUAAUCUUUCACCUGAACAGGAUGAAGGGUCUGAACAAUCUUGAUUAUAUAUAUACACAACAUGGUGAGCACCCCAUGCUAAUCAACUAUGGGUUUUCCUUCUCAAUAUGUUCCCUGUGUUGUGGCCCAUCUGAGUUUUGGAUCGGUUUGAUUUUUUCGCUCUGGAGGUGUUCUGAGAUGACCCAUCUCAUGGAUGGGUUGGAUUGUGUGAACUCAUCACUGAACCCCACAUCUGCGAGCAGGUCUCUGUGACAAAAUACAUCACGUCCUUAAUUAACGUAGUCUGUAGAGUGGAGUCUUUGACCUUGUCGCAGUUUGGUUUCUCAUUUGCACGAAAGACACAAGGGGCUGGAUCUGAGCUCUUUUUACUGAUGAGUGUUGUCAUCGGCUGCGGGCCAGGGCUAGUUUGGAGAAGCAUUAGAUGUUUGGGCAGACUUAAAUAUUCUUUGAGUUCUGAAGAACUAUGAAAAGAAAGGAUGAGCCGUUGACUGCCACGCCGAUUCACCCAUGUUUCGGAAGAGCAGUUGAAAGCCCUCCAUCAACUUCUGCGGCCGUUUUGGUUGUCUUUAAAGCUGUUCAUGAACUGCCCAUUCGGACUUUCGGGUUCAUACAAGUACUGUAAGUUUGUAAGCCUCAAUGUGUUAGUAUUUACCUUUC